AUUUAGCUGCAGGAAGCAUUAAGAAGGGGGAAAGACUGCAAACAGGACGCGGUAUGCUCACUCUUUAAGGCUUUAAUAGGGACGAGCUGCUUCAUGGCUUCUCACGGGGUGACUUUUUCCACUGGGUCACACUUUUUCUAGUGCGCUCCUUCACUCCACAGAGAGAAAUAGAAGGAGGGAGACAGAGAAAGAGAGUUGUCUUGUUAAUAAAAUCCGGACCUGGAACCCCGUGCUGUUUUUUUUUUUUUUUUUUUUGUUUGUUUUUUUUCUUUUCGUGCUGUGCGUAAUUUGGAUCCAGGCUCGAGUAAAAGGCGACAUCAACAAAACAACCGCGAGGACGAGGAAUCACCACAGAAAUAAAGCUAACUUUGGAAAAUGAAUGCCGUCUUGGACUUCUGGUUGGUUUUCCUCACGCUGCACACUCCCGGCGUGCUGUCCUUGUCCACACAUGUAGCAAUCAUCUACCCCCAGGAUCCGGUGCUUCGCAUGGGAUCCAACCUGACAGUCAGCUGCUGGGUCCACCCCGACCUUGGCGUCCAUGCCAGCUCGCUGUUCUGGACCCUGAACGGCCAACAGCUGCCUCCCUCCCUAUACAGAGUGCUGAGCCCGACUAACCUUAGUGUGACGCUGGCGGGACUCAACGCGUCCAGGCAAACGUCCGGUGACAACCUCGUCUGUCACAACCACAAGGGACAUAUACUGGCCGGCUCCUGUCUCUACGUUGGGAUGCCACCAGAGAAGCCGGUCAAUCUGACCUGCUGGUCCAGGAACACCAAAGACCUCACUUGCAGCUGGGCUCCAGGAGGAAGAGGAGAGACUAACAUCAGCACUAUGUACAGGCUCAAGUACAAACUCAGAUGGUACGGUACGGAGAAAGAGUGCGAGGAUUACACUCACACACAGCCGUACUCCUGCAGCAUCACCCAGGACCUGCACCUCUUCACGCCCUACGAAAUCUGGGUGGAGGCCUCCAACCAGUUGGGACGGGCCGCCUCUGAUGUCAUCACCCUUGACAUUUUAGACGUGGUGACCACAGACCCUCCGUCAGGUGUGACUGUGAGUCGCGUUGGGCAGCUGGAGGACCAGCUGAGCGUUCGCUGGGAGGCCCCGCCAGCUCUCAAAGACUUCCUGUUCCAGGCCAAAUACCAGAUCCGCUACAGGCUGGAGGACAGCCAAGACUGGAAGGUGAUGGACGACGUGGGGAACCAGACUUCUUGCAGACUGGCCGGACUCAGGCCCGGAACGGUGUAUUUUGUCCAGGUUCGCUGUAACCCCGUGGGCAUCUACGGCUCUCGCAAGGCCGGGAUCUGGAGCGAGUGGAGCCACCCCACGGCUGCUUCCACACCCCACAGCGAGCGACUCAUGUCGGGCUCCUGCGACUCAAAGUCCAGCGGGGACUCCAACUCCACCCUCCGCAGGGAGCUGAAGCAGUUCUUCGGCUGGGUGCGGAAGCACGCCUACGGUUGCAGCAGCAUGUCCAUGAAGCUGUACGACCAGUGGAGAGUGCUGAUGCAGAAAUCGCACAAAGCUCGCAACCAGGUAGGUUCUCCAAGGGGAUAAAUCAUAGCACAUGCUGACUUUACAGAAAACAAGAACUGAGUGAAUGUGAUUUCUGUUUUCGUCUAUGUGUGCGUGUAUGAGAAAAAAGAGAUUGUAUUCGUAUAUUGGAAUUAUCAAGACAAUUUGCUCCGGACAUUUUGUGUGUGGAUACCAGCUGUGGCUGCGAGAGGACACCCAAAGACAAACUGUGGGAUAUUCCUGCUUUUGUGCAUCGUCUCCAGUCAGCACGAGCCGACUUGAAAGCGUGCAGCAGACUUGGAAGGUGGACUCAUCACGGACAUCCUGGUAUCAAAGAGACCACGUGGUCACAAAUUGUAGCAUGAACAACUGGGACAUCAGACGUGUAUUUGUUCUGUGCACAAAAGCGGUCGGAACAGACAAACCAGAAGUGUUGCCCGAGCGUCUAGAAGUAUUCUCUGGGUUUCUCCCGUGGAUCCAAAGCACCAUCUAGUGGCUGUUCGGCAUCCACGGAUCCUCCUCCAUAAAUCUUCACUGCAGUCCUGAUGUAAAAAGAAAAAGUAACAAAUUAUACAUACAGUAUUUGUAAUUCAUGCUAAUUGUUAUAUCCGUUGGAAUAUGUGCCAAACUGGUUCACCCAGGACCCCUCUGUGUCUGAGUGACAGUAACGUGACUGAUGAUGGUGUUUGUGUAUGGAAACGUUUCACUGCCUUUAUUUUUGUACGGAAUUGUACCAGCAUAUUUAAAGUAUAAUGUUAUGUUUUAAUUCUUAAAUUAUGUUUAGUUAGUAAAGACUGUACAAUGACUGAA